AUGUCGUCGCAGAAAAACGUAUCUGGACAUCGAGUUCCCGAUGACACCAAGGGCAGCAGUCAAGCAGGGGUAUCCAGCUCUGUCUCCACCCUUCACCCGAGCGAGAACGGAACCCCGAAUGGCGCGUCGUACGAUCUGGUCAUGAGCGAUGCGUCCACAGUCACCCACGAUCCACCCUCUGAGAUCACCGACAGAGUCUAUGUGACUAUCACUGGGCCGACCUCCCUGGGAGAGGCUACUGGUUUCACGUGUCAGGUGUAUCUUGGUUCGGAGGGGAAUAUUGCCUGUACUCACUCAAAGGACAAGACACAAUGGCGCAUUCAUCGACAAAGGAACCCAAAACGACACCCUAUCUUGGCUGACGAUCAACGAUUCAUAAACCAUGUCCGCCUCGAAUCCGAUGCCAUGAGCAAGGCCUUCUGGAUCCACAAGGAAUUCGAGUAUUUCCUCAACGAACACCCAAGCCUCUAUCGCGAGUAUCGCUCCAAAUGUGCACUAGAAGCUACAGUCGCUCUCAUUCAGGAGGGCGUGUACGAAACUCUGGUCGACAUUCCCAAAUCUGUGGUUCUUAUUAGGUGUGACGUUCCGUUCUAUGAUUCUGUCGAUCUUGGGAGCAGAGUAGUCAUCGAAUACGUCGUCGUCGAAUACUUUCGGUCACCAUGGCAGCCGAAUUGGAAGCACAGAGUCCGGAGCGCCCUGGUCCAGAAGCCUCGACCAUGGUUCAAGUCUGUUACCGGGGAGGAGGAUGAGGUCUUCCCUGACGAUCCUCUCCCGAAUGGCUAUAAAGCCCAGUCCCUCGACGCCUCUACUUCACCCUUCGUUGCCAACCAGAUGCCAGCGGCUACUGUCUCCCCUUCUGCCUUGGGUGAUUUGAUGGACAUCGAUACCCAACCCCUUUCCAUCGCUGCUGAGCUCGCAGACACCGCUUCGCUGCAGGACAAUGCCAUCAUCUGCUUGCACGUUAACCCUGCAGAUCUGUCACUCAAGUCCACGUCUGGUCCCAACCCCGAGGUCACCGAUAUUACCUACGCCCACGACGGUGAUGAUAACACAGACUUCGAAUCCAUUGGUAACAACACUGGAGAGGAUGAUAUCUCUCUCAUCGAUUACUCCGAGUCAUUCCCUCAGGAAUCGGCGGUGGACCAUCCUACCAGCUGGUUUGAGGCUGAGUCCGUCCACACCAUCAUCGAGACCGACUCCAACGCCACCACCAACAAGGAGAACCCCAGCAGCCAACGCCCAUUCCUGAACUCGCAAGAAUCACUGUCACCAACCCAAGACCUGACGGACGAUUUUACUGUUAUUUAA